GUUAGUUGAGUUUUGGUGUGUGUUUAUAUUAUUGAAAGAAAAUGAUUUCGUCAUAGGUGAAGAGUGAAAGGUGUGUGUUUUGAUGAAUGAUCAUAGUCUAGAAAGAUUGCUGAAGCCGAAGACGGUGUUUUCCACGUCUCACUCCCUCGUUUCCUCCGCCCCCCUACUUUCCCGUUACAUUACAUAAACCCCAUCUCUCUCUCUCUCUCUCUCUUUCUGAAGUCUGAACCUAAACUUUCUCUCUUCCCUUUCUAUUCUCAUUGCUUCUUCUGAUACCAUUACCAAUCUCUAACGACCACGAUACAAUGUCUUUCUCUGCAACCAAGGUUGCUCAACCUCUCUCUCUCAGAUCCAAUGACAAUUCCAUGUCUUUCGAUCCAUUCAGACCCUCCUUCUCUUUCCUUGGAUCCACUCACAAGCUUCGCUUCAAUGCUCCUAUUAAGGUAUCUCCUCCUCACAACCGUCGUUCCCCCGUCGUCGCUGUCUCCGAUGUUGUCAAGGAGAAGAAGCUCAAAUCAACGGCCAAUCUGCUUAUUACGAAGCAGGAAGGCUUGGAGCUCUAUGAAGACAUGGUAUUAGGCAGGUCCUUUGAAGACAUGUGUGCCCAGAUGUAUUAUAGAGGCAAAAUGUUUGGUUUCGUUCACUUGUACAAUGGCCAAGAAGCUGUGUCAACUGGAUUCAUCAAGCUUCUCAAGAAAGAAGACUCCGUAGUGAGCACCUACCGGGACCAUGUUCAUGCACUGAGUAAGGGGGUCUCAGCACGUGCUGUGAUGAGUGAGCUCUUUGGAAAGGCCACAGGUUGCUGCCGUGGUCAAGGUGGAUCAAUGCAUAUGUUCUCAAAGGAGCACAAUUUGAUUGGCGGGUUUGCUUUCAUUGGUGAAGGAAUUCCUGUGGCUACUGGGGCAGCAUUUUCCAGUAAGUAUAGAAGGGAGGUAUUGAAAGAGGCAGAUGCUGAUUAUGUGACAUUGGCAUUUUUUGGAGAUGGAACAUGUAAUAAUGGGCAGUUCUUUGAAUGCCUAAACAUGGCAGCUUUAUGGAAAUUGCCAAUUGUGUUUGUGGUGGAAAACAAUUUGUGGGCCAUUGGGAUGUCACAUCUCAGGGCAACUUCAGAUCCUCAGAUAUGGAAGAAAGGGCCAGCAUUUGGAAUGCCAGGGGUUCAUGUCGAUGGGAUGGACGUUUUGAAGGUCAGAGAGGUGGCAAAGGAGGCGAUUGGAAGAGCCAGACGAGGAGAGGGACCAACUUUAGUAGAAUGUGAGACCUAUAGAUUUAGAGGACAUUCAUUGGCUGAUCCUGAUGAGCUUCGUGACCCUGCUGAGAAGGCACACUAUGCUGGUAGGGAUCCCAUCUCUGCACUGAAGAAAUACAUGAUUGAGAACGAUUUAGCCAAUGAACAGGAGUUCAAGACCAUAGAGAAGAAGAUUGAUGAGGUCCUUGAGGAAGCUGUUGAGUUUGCAGAUGAGAGCCCUCUUCCUCCCCGCAGCCAGCUUCUGGAGAAUGUCUUUGCUGAUCCAAAAGGUUUUGGAAUUGGACCUGAUGGAAAGUACAGAUGUGAGGACCCAAAAUUCACUCAAGGCACUGCUCAUGUCUAAUCUUUUCAAGUAUGACAUUUAUCCGCUUGGAGCUUUCAGUGUUGGAUCCAUGUUCUCUCUCAUUCAUAUACUUACUAGAAUUAAAUGUUACUCACAAAAUGUUUUACCCUUUAUAAAAUAUAAGCAGGAUUUGUUCUUUAGGUUGUUUUUGUUUUUUCUAAUGUUAUAAUUAUCAUUGUUUGUGGAACUAGUGUCAACAAUGACAAUCCCUAAAGGUUGAUUGCCUUGCUUUGCAGAUUUCAUAGCCUCUAUGCACUGUAAAAUUUUAAUCCUGCUUUUGCUGUGUCAGCUCAUGUACUUCUGAGUUGUUACAAAUAUGACAGCCACAAGAUUAAGGGGUAAUUAAGACCCAUACUUCUAGUGGACUUUUCUAGUAAUUUGUAGAGGAGG